AUGGCAGAAUAUUCGCCGACCGCGGCCGACGUCCGCGACUUUGUCGAAAAUAUCGAGGCAGCGGCGGGAUUCGACAAUUCAAACCUUGGAGAAUGGUGGAACAUCAUCAUUUCCCUGCACACAAAUCUGAUACAUCCCGAAACACGAACCAUCAGACCCUUUGCCGAGUUUCACAGCAUACAACCGCGCUACCGAAUCUUCGCAGCCAUAGCGUACGAAUGGCUGGUAACCAACCAUAAACAUGGAACAAUCAGGGAGGCACUCGGCAGGAUCGGCCACACAAAUCCCGGGUUGACUAGUACCGUCACCGAGGGAAUGGCGGAGCAUGAGCUGUCUAGAAAUCUAAGAAAGGUUCGCGUGGAGGGGGCCGACCAAAGCCCAGGCAACACGAUCACAUCCUUGGCGGAAUUCUGGGUCGCAGAGAGCACGCCCCACCCCGGGACAACUGCGGAUAUCCACGAGUUUGUACUGGAGACGGUACGACACAUUCUCCGCCCGAUGAGACGAUCUUGUGGCAUUCGUCAGGGUAAGAUACGAUUCGAUUUCAUGGAAGAGGAAAAGCAGACGACACCUAGCGUCCCAUCCAUCACGAUUCCCUCUUGCGGCACAGCCAUUGAUGCUAACCGGGUUUGCUGA